UGAAGCUGGGUCCGGUGGCAGCGUAGCAACUUCGCUGGCGCAAACACAUGCUUCACACUAUAAACCACUCAUUUCCAUUUCAUUCUCCCAAACAUUUCUCUCAUUCUCCCAAACAUCUCACUCUCUCUCUCUCUCUCUCCAACAAUGGACCUCCAUCGCCGGCCGCCGACCGCCACCAUCCCCGGCGCCGAAGCGACAAACAACCAUUCCCGCCGUCUCAAAUCAACCUCCCCUACCCCAUCCCUCAAAGCUUCCGAUGCACUCCCUCUCCCUCUCUACCUCACUAACACAAUCUUCUUCACGCUCUUCUUCUCCGUCGCGUAUUACCUUCUCGGAAGAUGGCGUGAUAAGAUCCGUAGCUCCACUCCUCUUCACGUUGUUACUCUCUCUGAGAUCGCCGCCAUUGUUUCCCUCAUCGCUUCUUUCAUCUACCUUCUAGGUUUCUUCGGAAUCGAUUUCGUUCAGUCGUUCAUCUCACGCGCUUCCAACGACGGUUGGGACCUCGACGACACUAUCACCACCGAGCAAACCGAUUUCCCCGUCGUUAGUUCCGUCCCAGAUCAGUCUCUUCCCAAAUCCACCGCACCGGAGCCCUCAUUCUGCACAAAGGAAGACGAGGAGGUCGUGAAUUCCGUUGUAGAAGGCACAACACCAUCCUACGCACUUGAAUCGCGGCUAGGAGAUUGUUUCCGUGCCGCCGCGAUUCGUCGUGAGGCUUUACAGAGAACAUCAGGGAAAUCGUUGAAAGGCUUGCCGUUAGAAGGGUUUAAUUAUGACGCGAUUUUAGGGCAGUGUUGUGAAAUGCCGGUUGGGUUCAUUCAAAUUCCGGUUGGUGUUGCGGGGCCAUUGUUGUUGGAUGGGUUUGAGUAUACAGUUCCGAUGGCUACUACAGAAGGGUGUUUGGUUGCCAGUACUAACAGAGGGUGUAAAGCUAUAUAUGCUUCUGGUGGUGCCGAAAGUGUUGUUUUGAGAGAUGCUAUGUCUAGAGCACCUGUGGUUAGGUUUUCAUCAGCUAAAAGAGCUUCUCAGUUGAAAUUCUUCUUGGAGGAUCCUCUCAAUUCUGAGACCUUGGCUGUUGUUUUCAACAGGUCAAGUAGAUUUGCCAGGCUGCUAGGUAUUCAGUGUGCUAUGGCUGGGAAGAAUCUUUAUAUGAGAUUUACCUGCAGUACAGGUGAUGCCAUGGGGAUGAACAUGGUCUCCAAAGGGGUGCAGAACGUUCUUGAUUUCCUUCGAAAUGAUUUCCCUGACAUGGAUGUUAUUGGCAUCUCUGGUAAUUAUUGUGCGGACAAGAAACCUGCUGCGGUUAAUUGGAUCGAGGGACGUGGGAAAUCAGUUGUUUGUGAAGCAGUUAUCAAAGAAGAAAUAGUGAAGAAGGUAUUGAAGACCAGUGUGGCUGCCCUGGUGGAACUCAACAUGCUCAAAAACCUUGCUGGUUCUGCCAUUGCCGGUGCUCUUGGUGGAUUUAACGCCCAUGCUAGCAACAUUGUGUCUGCCAUUUUUAUAGCCACAGGUCAAGAUCCAGCUCAAAACAUUGAAAGUUCCCAUUGCAUAACAAUGAUGGAGGCCGUAAAUGACGGGAAAGACCUCCAUAUCUCAGUGACCAUGCCUUCCAUUGAGGUGGGUACAGUAGGUGGUGGAACACAACUUGCAUCUCAAUCUGCUUGCUUGAAUUUGCUUGGUGUGAAGGGUUCCAGCAAGGAAUCACCAGGAUCAAACUCGAGACUCUUGGCAACCAUUGUUGCUGGAUCUGUUUUAGCAGGCGAGCUGUCUCUGAUGUCUGCCAUUGCUGCAGGGCAACUAGUCAACAGUCACAUGAAAUACAACAGAUCAUGCAAAGAUGUAACUAAAAUAUCAUCUUGAGGUUGACGACAUGGUUGCAGUCAUUGUUUAUGUUGUCUAAGAUAAAAAUAAAACAUUAGGAGGGUCUCAGCGCAGAAACUGGAAUUUAGGAAAGGAAAAUAGGAGACAUGGGAUUCAUUGUUAAUACCCAUAUAUGGCUCUGUUGCUAUGUGUAAUGUUUUGUUAUUUGGAGAGAGGAAACUAAAGUUCUACCUAUUUGGUUAUCCUCUCUAGAUCCUUCCUCUCAGCCAAGCCACUGGUUGGGUGUUACCAUUCUUGUUCUCCUUAACCAAGACAUUGAAGUGUUGUAUUAUAAUUCUUUUCCUGAUAUAUAUGUUUAGUAUAUAAA